AUGGUUACAAUUGGAAACGCACAUGAUGACCUAAUCCAUGACGCCGUUCUAGAUUACUAUGGACGUCGACUGGCCACCUGUUCAUCGGACAAGACAAUCAAGAUUUUUGAGAUCGAUGGGGAGAACCAACGAUUGGUGGAAACUUUAAUCGGACACGAAGGACCUGUGUGGCAAGUUGCAUGGGCCCAUCCUAAAUUUGGAGUCAUUCUUGCCUCGUGUUCUUAUGACGGUAAAGUUUUGAUUUGGAAAGAAGACAACGGUGUAUGGAACAAAGUGGCUGAACAUUCCGUUCAUCAGGCAUCUGUUAAUAGUGUUUCCUGGGCACCUCAUGAAUACGGUCCUGUUUUGCUCUGUGCUUCCAGUGAUGGGAAGAUAUCCAUUGUCGAAUUCAAGGACGGAGGAGCCUUGGAACCUAUUGUCAUCCAAGGUCACGCUAUAGGCGUGAAUGCUGCCUCUUGGGCUCCAAUUUCAUUGCCCGAUAAUACGAGGCGGUUUGUUUCUGGUGGCUGUGACAAUCUAGUCAAAAUUUGGAGAUACGAUGACGCCGCAAAAACAUUUAUCGAAGAAGAAGCUUUUCAAGGACAUUCCGACUGGGUCAGAGAUGUGGCAUGGUCUCCUUCUCGUUUAUCAAAGUCAUACAUUGCCACUGCCUCACAAGAUCGUACAGUAUUGAUUUGGACUAAAGAUGGAAAAUCUAACAAAUGGGAAAAACAGCCUUUAACAAAGGAAAAAUUCCCCGAUGUUUGUUGGAGAGCCAGCUGGUCUCUUAGUGGAAAUGUAUUGGCCAUUUCGGGUGGUGAUAAUAAGGUCACUUUGUGGAAGGAAAACAUCCAGGGCAAAUGGGAGUCCGCUGGCGAAGUCGAUCAAUAA